AUGUACGCAAGUGACAUUAACCCUCGUCAAGCUCCAAUGAAACAGAAGCUCAUCAAUGAGCUGAAAACAUUUCUGAAUGCGCCUGUUCAGAAUUUGAUCAAUGACCGCCAGACUAGGGACAUGACUGAGCACCUUCGCUCCAGAGUACGUCCGUCUAAGCUGGGCCCGGCUUUGGUUUGCAUUCCAGAGACCGCUACCGUUUCCGAAGCUUUUGCAUUAUUGAAGCAGCAUAAUCUGUUGGCACUACCCGUCUACCGCUUGACCAAGUCGGGUCACAAGAGUUUCCAGACAAUCAUUUCGGUUAUUGAUCUUCUCCAUGCUACGCUACUAGGACCUGCCUUUGACGACCUUGGUCUGUCUCAGGAAUCAUCCAACACUGAUCUGGAGAAACAGCUCUCUACUUGGAUGGACGAGCAUGUGGAUAUGUUCAAGAGCACUACUGUCAAAGACGCUAUGGGCCGCACUCCCGAAUCCAAGGCCUUGAUCACUGUCCAAACCACAGAACCUUUAAGUCGUUUAUUGGACAUCAUGACGAGUAAUGUUCACAGGGUUCUGGUUUACGAUAAAAAUCAUGAAGGAGACGAAAACUGGUACACAAUCGUAUCGCAAACCGAUCUUGUAUGGUACCUCCACGUCAAUCGAAACAAACUCCCUGCAUCGAUUUUUGAGAUGAAAGCCUCAGACAUUAUGCAAUCCGCGGCAAAGCCCAUUCCUCAUCCGUAUCUAAUGUAUGAUCUCGAUACUGGAGCCAGCAAAGCCUGUCCGAUUUCGCUACUGGAGAAUACACCAACGGCCAUGGCCGUGAGAUUGAUGGCCUUGUUUAACACCUCGUGUGUUGGCAUCGUUGAUGAACAAGGGAAAUUAGCUGGCAAUCUGAGCGGUGCCGAUUUCCGUGGAUUCAAUGAGCAAGCAAUCCGCAAAAUUCUUGACCCAGUUCUGCAAUACAUCCAUGAGAUCCACAAUGUUGAUCCGGCUGAGCGCAGCCCCACUUGUGAACCCGAGAACAAUCUGGAGGAAUGCAUGCAAACCGUUUUGAGCAAGGGUGUCCAUCGUCUUUGGGUAUGUCCUCCUGACGAUAAGAUGCCUAUUGGCUUGAUUACACUCUCGGAUAUGCUGGUCAUGUUUAAAAAUCCUGCCGCGGUUGCGGUCUCCGUUGAGGAAUAG